UCCUCUGACUCUGGUUUAUAAUGUGUAGACUAUAUGAAUAUAUGAAUUCCACGUAAGUAUGCCAAAUAUAAAUAGAAAAAUGAAUUGAAAUAUAGUUUUAAAAUAAAGGGGUUUUAAUUUUCUGUUUUGUUAGAGGCCGGGCUUUUCCAUAAAUGAUAUAAAAAUGUGAAGAUAUAGAAUAUAUAAAUUUGUGUGUGUGUGUGUGUGUGUGUGUGUAUAUACAUAUAUAUACACACACAUAAAAUACAAAUGUUAGUAAUAUAAAGAUUUCUUAAUAAAAAUAAUAUUGUACCCAUGUUGUAAUUGAUGCCAAUAUACAUUAAAUUCAAUAUCCAAAAAUAGGUAUUGAUUAUGAAUAUAAAUUAAUUAUUAACAAACAUAUAUAUAUAUAUCUAUAUAUAUAUCUAUAUAUAUCUAUCUAAUGGGUUUGGGGUUUUUUUAAUUUGUUCAUGGCAGGGAUUUUUUAGUUUGGGUCGGGUUUUUUUGGGGGGCAUUCGUUUAGUAGGAUUUUUUAAAGGGAGGGACCUCGAUGUUUUUUGGCCCCUUGUCUCUCUGUCUGUGUGUGUGUCUCUCUGUCUGUGUCCCCCGUGUCCCCAAAGAGCCGCGGCCCCGGGCUGAGCUCGGCCGCAGUGCUGCCGCCUUGUGGGAAGAGAUCGGUACUGCAGCCGUGCCCCGAAGCGGCGACCGGCUCCUCCUCGGCGCUGCUGCGGGAGGGCGGUGGGGCGCGAAAUGGUGCGCGUGACCUUCUCAAGAUGGCGGAGGGCCCAAGGUGACGAUGCCGUUCCACUGGGACCGAUGCGACGCUCGGGACGGCGGACGCAAUAGGACCCCGGCAGAGAUACGCUGGAGGGGGGGGUUGUCCUUUUUUUCCCGCCCUUUUUUUGCCGUCCUAUGUAGAAGGUCGGGUGAGUGAUAGCCGGGUCGCCAUCUUGGGAGUGGCACGCUGCAAUUUCCGCCCUUCCUGGCUCCAUCUUUGUUCCUGGCAGAAGCCACUUCCGGUGGCGUUGCCAGCGUUGUCGUGGUAACUGUAAAGCCCCAGAUAAUGGUGUCUCUUAAAGUCGCCUGCCUGAAUCCGACCCCCGACGCUGAUCGCGCGCUCUCCCGCCGCCUGUCCCACGAGCCAUUUCCAGCACCGCUGACCAGUCCGCGCCCAUCCGCGCCGCGUAAAAGGCGACGGAAAAUCGCGCCGAGAACGCGGGAUCGGUUUCGGGACCGGAUUCAGGCAGGCGAGUUCAAUAAUCGCCAAUGUAGGGGGCCUUCUUUUUCGCCUCCCGAAACAAAGAUGGCGGAGGCACCGGAAAUGGCUUCUGCCAGUACCAAAGAUGGCGGCAGGGAAGGCGGAAAUUGCGUCUCGACCCUUCCUAAGAUGGCGACUCAACCGUCACUCGCCCGACCUUCUGCAUAGGGCGGCAAAAAAGGGGCGGGGAAAAAAGGACCCCCACGGGGUGUGGACUGCAUUACCUGCCCGCGACGCCGACGCCGAUCCCUCCACCCCGGCGCGAUUUUGCGCGGCGUUUCCCAUCGUGCCCACACGGGCUGUGGGCUCAGCGGCGCCGCGGACGCGCGGGAGCCCGGCGGGCGCCGACAGGCAGCGGCGGGUCCGCCCCUCUCUCUGCCGGGGUCCUUCCACGGCCGCCGUCGCGGAGAGCGACUCCCGUCCCGCCGCGCCACCUCUCCGCGCUUCCCGGUUCCGCUCCUGCCCGGGGAACGCAUCGACGAAGGAAGAGCGGUCGCCCAGCUCCCGGAGCCAUCGCCCUGCCCGCAGCCGGGAGCAGCCCGCAGGAGGAGGCAGCUGCUCUCUCUGCCGGAGAGGACCGGAGAAAUGGUUCCACUCCUCCCAUCUUUGCCAAAAGCUGUGCUGUUUGAGGAGCCAGAGCCAAGGUGCCUUCAGCACCAGGGCUCUGCACUGGAGGGCUCCCGGUCCUGACCGCGCAGGGUUCCCCUUUUCCUCCCCCCUGGGAUGA